UUUACUAUCAGCAGGUACUUAGCAGGCUGCACUUGACAGAAUCCUGCACCUGUCCCGUACGAAUGUUAUUGUUUUUAGCAAAGCCGAUCUUUGCUUUGCAGUCCGUGUCUUCACGCCGGACCUGCAGAGGACCUGCUCUCACCUGCAGGCACGUCCAGGCCAUCUAAUGUGACUCGCCCCCCGCUUCACGCCCCCCGCCCCACCUCUCCCUGCUUUUCUGCUGCUUCGUAUUCCGAAGACGGAUCGUCCCAGGAUGGCGACUGGGGCCGGUAAAGAAUACUCCUUCAAGGUUGUCCUGCUGGGAGAGGGAUGCGUAGGCAAGACGUCGCUGGCGCUGCGUUACUGCGAGAACAAAUUCAACGAGAAGCACAUCACUACCCUCCAGGCUUUCUUCCUGACGAAGAAACUGAACAUCGGAGGCAGAAGAGUGAAUCUCACGAUAUGGGACACAGCAGGACAGGAAAGAUUUCACGCAUUGGGACCCAUAUACUACCGAGACUCUAAUGGAGCUGUAUUGGUGUAUGACAUCACAGACGAGGAUUCCUUCCAGAAGGUGAAAAACUGGGUCAAGGAGUUACGGAAAACGCUGGGGAAUGAAAUAUGUUUAUGUAUAGUAGGGAAUAAAAUCGAUCUUGAAAGAGAGAGACACAUAUCCGUCCAGGAUGCAGAGGGGUACGCAGAGUCAGUGGGAGCCAAACACCACCACACAUCCGCCAAACUAAACCGAGGGAUUGAGGAGCUCUUUCUGGACCUCUGCAAGCGGAUGACCGAGGCAGCGGAGAUGGAAGACCAGCAGACGGGCGACGGCCACACCGGAGUUGCCCCCCGGAGAGGAGUCCGGAUCGUGGACGACGAGCCUCUAGGGGGCGUGGCCUUAGGGCGGGCAUGCUGUCCCUCCGGCUAGCCUUCGCACCCGUGGCCACCGGCAAACCCACAGCACAGCUGUCUCUGAGAAUUGUCCUAUCGACUGCCAAACAUUUAACACACAGGCCACGCCUGGUUAACAUGCCUAAUAGUGUUCCAGUACAGACAGUUCUCCGGUGAUGUAAAUAAUCCGUUCUACAAAGCCUGACGUAUGUCAAAUUUUCUGUAAUUCAGAUUUACCUUACUAUGUCAUUCAGGAAAGCAAACAACUCAAGUCAAAAUUACUAGUAAUAGAUACUAAACAAUACAAAUAAAUGAAUAGAUAAAGUGUAAAUUUACUUAUGGAUGUAUGUCGCCAUUUUGUGUUUGUGCUUCCGUCACAUCUAUGUACUCUGUCGUCCAUAUUUUUUUUUGUACAAGUCUGGAUCCACUUAAGUGGAGAGCUGCCUGUAUUUUGCAUAUUGUAACGCUGCUGAGAGCAAAAUGAUGAACCUAGGGGGGGAUCUGAUUCCCUACCCUCAUCCCUUGGUGUCUCCUCUAAUUAAACCAAAAAAUUACAGAAGGCCUUGCGGAGACGCACUCCGCUCAAACACAUUUGCACACAGGAAGUGUUUACUCACCAACACACAGCAUCUUCAUGUAGAACUGAAUUCUGCAAAGCAGUUCAUUUUGCUUUGUUUUGAAAAACUGAUCUGUAUAAUUUAAUAACAUGUAUAUGUUAUAUAGAAAUUUAUGAAACAGUUUUUAUAUUUUUGUGGUGCCUUCUGAAAGGUCUACAGUAGGUGGUGUUCCACUUUUAAUCAGGCAGAUGAUUUCUAUGUUUCCAGUCUUAUUUAGCCUGUCGCGCUCAGUGCUUUUUUACCCUUAUACGUGUACUUCCUGUCUUCUUAGUUGGUAUACGCACUGGAAGAGCUCUGUGCCACGUGUAAUGAUUUUAUCUGCCUUUUCCACCUUUUGUCAGGGUGGGCCAAUAACAUUUGAAUGCAUCACAGCUGCCACUGGAAAUGUAAUUUUUUUGGAAUUGUAAUUUUUUAACUGCUAGCAUUGGGAGUGUUUUGUAAUAGACCGAUUAUAAUGAUCUACAAUGAAGCGAUGUCAGAUGUCGUUGGCUACAUACAUAUUGUAUAGUUUAUUUGGGUUUGUGUAUAUUUCCUUAUAUAUUCCUUCCUAUGUCAUUUGCAUACAUUUGGCAGCCUUAUAGCCUAAAGACGCCUCUUAUCCUGCCAAGCAGCGUAGGACACAGAUAUACAGGGCAGGGACACCCUGGGCAGGAGGCCAAACAAGCAAUUUGAAACACUUAAUAUAACCCAAGACAUUCAGAUGUUUCAGAGAGGUCGAACGACCGUGAACAUACAAUAAGGGAAGACCGGAAAAACGUUACCCAGUCAGAUGAAUCUCGGAUUCUGCUGCGACACAGAUGAUAGGGUCUGAAUUUGGCAUAAACUACAUGAAAGCAUGGAUCCAUCCUGUCUUAAAUCAACGAUUCAGGCUGCUGCUGCUGGUGUAAAUGUGUGGGGGACUUUUGGCCCUUUAGUACCAACUGAGUAUUGUUUAAAUGCCACAGCCUGCCUGAGUAUUGUUUAAAUGCCACAACCGGCCUGAGUAUUGUUGCUGACCAUGUCCAUCCCUUAAUGGCCACAGUGUACUUGGCUUCUUAUGGCUACUUCCAGCAGGAUAACGCCCCAUGUUACAAAAGUCGUAUCAUCUUGACUGUUUCAUGAACAUGACAGUGAGUUCACUGUACUCAACUGGCCUCCACAGUCACCAGAUCUCAAUCCAAUUGAGCAGCUAUGGAUGAAGUAUAACAGGAGAUUUGCAUCAUGAAUGUGCAGCUGACAAAUUUCAGCAACUGCAUGAUGUCAUGUCAACAUGGACCAGAGUCAAGCACCUUGUUUAAUCUAAGCCAAGAAGAUCUCAUUUCUGGAGGCAAAAGGGGGUCCUGGUACUAGCAAGAUGUACCCCAUAAAUUUAUUUCACAAACCUAAUAAAAAUGGAAUGAUUCAUUCUCUUCACUCAUA